UCCCCUGCCCCGGCCGCCCUGAACGCCACGGUUCCUGCUCUCCGUGAGGGCUGAGUGAGCGCAGAGAGCUGCGUGCUGCCGCGCUUCGCAUCGUUCUGCGCACAGGGCCUUACCGCAAGGGCCCUCCCGAGCUGCCGCCGCCGCGGCUGUUUCUGGAUGUGAAGGAUGGACUCCUCGGUGAUUACUGUUGGGCACAUACAAAAUGUGCUUUCGGCCAUGCAGAAGAACUUGGAGUGCCCGAUAUGCUUGGAUGUGCUCCAAGAACCAGUUUCAACAAAAUGCGACCACAUAUUCUGCAGGUUCUGCAUGUUCAAACUGCUCAGCAAGAAGAAAAAAGGGGUGGUGCAGUGUCCUCUGUGUAAGACUGAAGUUACCAAGAGGAGUCUGAAAGAAAAUUCCAGGUUUAAGCAACUCAUCGAAGGAGUGUUGGAAACUAUCCAUGCUUUUGAGCUUGACACUGGAGUGAAGUUUCUAAAGAGUCAUCAGAUUCAUAAAACAUCCACAGAAGCCACUGCUGCUGAGUUCGUGGGUAAAGAAAGUUCAGUCGUUCAAAGUAGGGGCUUCAGGAACAGGAGAAAAGGUGCUGAAGAAAAUGGACAAGAAAACUUCACCUUGCAGGAAACUGCUGUGAAUCCUCAGCUUACAGAUACCAGGGUCAAAAGGAGGAACAAACCCCAGAAAUGUGACCCUCAGAAAGGGGUUUAUGUGGAGUUGGGUUCUGAAUCAUCUGAAGAGUUUUUUAAACAGGCAAGCAAAACUGGGUUGGAAGACAAAGCUGCAGCUCAAAUUUCUCCUCAAGGAAAGCCAGAAGAACUUGAGAAUGUUGAGAAGGGGAGUGAAAAUUCUUACAGUGCACAGCCUGACAAGCUGUGUGCCAAAGAAAUAACACUGCCAAAUAUCAUAGGUGAAAGUGGUUUCUCGAAGGAAGGCUCGAGCAAGGAAAGCGCUCAGAGCGUCGCUGAAUGUGCCAAACCUGGCCAAGUGAAUGUGACUGAAUGCCAGAGUCCUCCUUUAAAUGCUCUUCCUGCAGAUCUAUCUUCAGAGCAGUGUGACAGAAUAAGUGAUUCCAGUCCCACAGUGAACAGGGGCACAUCGUUCUUGGAGAGCACGGAAGAAACGGAUGAAGAGCAAACUCAGUCUGACAGUAAAAACGAAGAGUUUGACUUAAAAGAUAGUUCAGGGUGCAGGCUGGGUAAAAGCAAGGAAGUGGAUGCUGUGGAGGUGUCUGAACCUGAGAAUGACUCUUUCCAUGACAAAGAACUUCCUCAGGAGAAGCUACUUCAGGCAGAGAAGACACUUCCCUCUGCCGCCGUGACUCGAGUCUCCAGGAAGAGGCUGAAGCGAAGCAUUCAGAAAGUCAAUGAAUGGUUCUCAAAAAGCAACGAGAUUCUGUCUUCCAGUUCUUCCCUGGAUGAUUCUGCUGAUGGAGCCACUGAUGUUUCAGAUGAAGGAGAUGCACGUUCCUCAGAGAAGGAAUGCUGCAUUUCAGAAAAUACUGACCCUGUGGUGGAUUCCGUGGAAAUUGCAGUGGUGGAGAGAAACAAGAGACGGUCAAACCAAACAGCAGAUAGCAUCAAGGACAAAAUAUUUGGAAAAACAUACAGGAGAGAGAGGAAAUCAAAUCCCCCUUCUACUGUCAGAGAUAUUUUAUCUGCUGCAAAAAAGGAAGAUGUGGCUGCUGAUAAGUCCUUGAAUAAUUCCAGCAGGGACAGACCCAAAAGUAAAAGGAAGACUGCCCAUGUCCUGCAACCUGAGGAUUUCAUCAGGAAAAAAGACACAGAAGAGGCAGGUGGAGGCCCUCAGAGUGUUAGCAGGUGCCCUGGAGAUGCUGAAAAGGAAAGAUGUGAUGGAAGUGUUGCUGUUAAUGAGAGUCACCUCUCUCAGAAUAGAGUUGAUAACACACUAACAGAACGUGAGGAAGGAGGAGGGGCCCCGUGGAAAAAAGCUACUGAGAAGGCGACGAGCAAGCACCGCGACGGGGAGCCAAAAAUGCGUGUCAGUGAUCAGAAAAGCGCUAAAAAAAGCUCUGCAGCAAAAAGAUGCAGGCAUUCCACCAGGACCAUGUGUGCUCUGCAGUUAGUAGUGGACAGAAACUCUGUUUCCCCCGAGCCAGCUGAGCCACAGAUCGACAGCUAUCCCAGCAGCGGAGAGCCCAGGAGAGCUGACUCGGAGCACACCCGGGUCAGGCGCAGCAGGAGGCUCCAGGCACUUUCUGAAGAAAUGGCAAAAGAAACUGGAAAAGGAGUAAUAAAGGAACCAAGAAAGAAUCACAGUGAUCAUGGAGGAUCUGCCUUGGGAGACCAGAGGAAUGUGGCAGCUCAGGCUGCUGAAUGCAAAGAGCUGCGUGAGCCUCGGGGCGCGUUGAGUUUCGAGGCAGUUGCUGGUCUGAAGGGAGGUGAUCUGGAAGCAAAUGAAGUGCAGGUUAGUCUGAAGAGUUCAUCUGACACGGCAGAAACUGGAAAAAGUCUCUUCAAUCCUGCACCUUCAUGUCAGCCUGCAAACUGUGGUUCCUUUGCACCUCAUGCAGGUUCUCAGGACAGUGAAAUACCAGGUAGCCCUGUCCUCCUCCAGCCUCCUUCAGUGCCUGCUGAGCAAACUGCUUCCCAUCAGACUCAAGAGGUGACUGAAUCACUUACUGCUUUUCCCCAGGAAUGUGGGCACGAUUCACAAACUGUUCCAGGAGACUUCAGACCUGAAAAGUUGCCCCUGGCUAAAACUGUUCUGGAGUUGGCCAAGGAAGCUGAGGACAGUGACUUAGACACGCAGUAUCUGAGAAACAUAUUCAGGCACUCGAAACGCUUGUCCUUCAGCCUCUAUCAGGCCCCCAGGCAGACCCCUGCAGCAGAAAACCCUGAUUCUGAAACUUUAAAUCCAUCACUUGCUGCUCAGGUAGGAAAUAAGGACAGCAAAGAUUUACAAGCAGAAGACUUGCAAGAAGAGAGAACAACUGCUGAAAGCUUGAGUGAGAAAGAGAAGCUUAAGAGCUGUGGGUCUGCCUGUGUUGAUCAUGUGAGCUGCUCUGCCAUCAGCACAGAAGACAGACAGGCUGUUUCACAGGCUGCAAAGGAAGGGACUCUGACACCAGUGAGAACAGGGGCUGCUGGGUCUGAGGCUGAAAACCAAUCACUAAAAGGAAAGCAGGGCAGUGAAAAGGCUGUGUCAACUGACACAGGGAUAGAAAGUGAGUUGAGACAGAAUCCAGUCAGAAGUAAUAGAAGCCAAAGUGAGCAGAGUAACACAGAAGAGCAUGAUUCCAAACAAACCAGUUUAAACACGGGCCAUGAAAUAUCAGAAAGCAAUCUGAAAGAAAAGACCAAAGUUGUUGAUGACAAAGAACCAAUUCUACAUUUUCAAUCCGGGUCAAUGAUUUGUCCUCCAAGUUGUCAGCAAAGCCCUGCUGAAUUCAGCCAUGAUGUCAUUGGGAAAAAAAGUAGCAAAAGAAAACAAAUAGAGGGGAAUGAAGAACAAGCCACCCAAACUGCUAGCACAGCAGUGUCUGAGUGUUUAGUUGCAGAGGCUCUUAGAGGGAACAGUGGAUUUACAGGUUUGUCUGACACUCCUGAUGGCUUACUGUGCUCUGAUAGUGAAGAGAACACCAGCUUUGGUGACACUGAUAGGAGAGAGCAAUCUGCAGUGUUCGUGAAAGGAGGUGAAAGUGCCCUGGGAAAAGAACUACACGAUAGAAAUGCUGGUUCUCAGCCGAGAUCUCGAGGUUUUCAAAAGCCCCGAAGGCGAGCACAGAAACUGCCGUCUUCGGAUGAAGAAUCCUGCGAGGAGGAAGAUCCACCCUGUUUUCAGUCACUGAUAUUUGGCAAAUCAGUAAGCACACCUUUGCAGGUCGAUAAACAAGUGGCAUCUGUGAUAGAGGGCUCAGCUAGUCCCGAUGUGCUGCCUCACAGUGGAAGUAAUGGUGCCAGUAUGAUGCAGAAAAUGCCUGAAGUUGCCCCAGGCAAUGCCUGUGUUUCACCAAGCCAGGAGUCAGAAUGCUCUGUCAACUUAUUUUCUUCCCAGUCCAUGUCUGAAGAAUCAGUUAAUGAUGCACAAGAGCUGAAGAAACCUUUGCCACAAGUUGAUGCAUCCGAAGAAGUGACCAGUGUGAAUGAGAGUAAAGAAACUCUUCAGAGUUGUGAUGGAAGGCUGAAGAGGACCAACACUAGCUCCAAAGAUGAAUGCCAAGAAGACCCAACCAUGGGAGCAAACCUAGGCGAGGCAUCUGGAUAUGAGAGUGAAACGAGUAUUGUGGAAGAUUCAUGUGAACCUUUCUCUCAGGGUGAAAUCCUCACUACACAGCAAAAGAAUGCUAUGCAGAAUAGCCUGAAAAAGCUUCAGCAAGAAAUGGCAGUGCUUGAAGCAGCACUAAAGCAACAAGGAAGUCAGGCCUGUGAAUUGUUGCCUGUCAAUAGUGAACUGCCACGUGCCAGUAGUGAAAGAACACGUGGGAUGGAACAAAUGGGACGAGAAAAAGGAAGGUCUCCAGAAUUGUUGCUUCCAUCUUCUGAAUCCUGUUUGGUAAAGAGACCAGAUCUGGAGAAAGGCCCUGAGUGUGAAAAUGUUCUAAAGAGCAAAGCUCCUUGUGCAAAGACAAAACCUGUGCAGGAAGCAGUGCAGGAAUACAGGCAGUGUCAGCUCAAAGCAGAAAAUGCAGAGGAGCAGGAAUCUGGGACCAGGCAAAACAGUGCAUCUGCCUCAUCAAAUCUCUCUGCAAAUGUGAUCAAGAGUCCAAAUAACUCUUCCUCCUCCCUAAAGCCUCUUAACCCUAGAACUGCAGAAGCCUCAAAUGGGUCUGUUGUGUCUCAGAACACAAAUAAAAGCCGUGGUCCAGGACACAGAUUGAAGAGAAAUGUGUGUUGUCCUGCACCUGUUCUGCCCAGUGCAGCUGGCAAAGAAAAUGCUGCGAGCCCAGUUGUGACCAAGAGGAAACAAAUGUCAAUUGUGGCAUCAGGUCUGAAUCACAGCGAACAUUUGGUGGUCCAGAAGUUUGUGAGAAAAACUCAGAGCACUUUAUCUAAUCACAUUACUGAAGGAACAACCCAUGUCAUAAUGAAAACAGAUGAGGAGCUGGUGUGUGAACGGACACUGAAGUACUUCCUGGGCAUUGCAGGAAGAAAAUGGGUGGUUAGUUAUCAGUGGGUGAUUCAGUCACUUAAAGAAGAAAGGAUACUGGAUGAGGAGAAGUUUGAAGUCAGGGGAGACGUCAUCAACGGGCGAAACCACCAAGGCCCCAAGAGGGCCAGGCAGGCUGGGACUGGAAAGAUCUUUAAAGGCUUUGAGAUCUGUUGCUGUGGACCUUUCACUGAUAUGGCUACAGAGCACCUGGAGUGGAUGGUGGAGCUUUGUGGUGCCUCUGUGGUGAAGCAGCUUCAUCUCUUCACCCAUUCAUCAAACUCUACUGCUGUUGUGGUUGUGCAACCAGAUGCUUGGAAGGAAAACACAGAUUAUAGAGCAAUGCAGCAGCAGAACAACAUUGCCAUGGUGACCAGGGAGUGGGUUUUGGACAGUGUGGCUUGCUAUGAGUGCCAGAAGAUUGAUGCUUACCUUUUGUUCUAAGGGUUAACAGCAGUUCUUUGGCCACUGCUCAGGAAUUCCCAUCAGUGCUGAUGGUUUGAGAUUAUUUUAAGGACUGAGAAUUUUUUAAGACAAUGUGUGUCUACUGUUCUUGUUCAGAGUAAAUGAAUAGAUUUUUGUUAAUAAUAAAAUUACUUAUAUCUGCAGAUAGAAUUAGCCACUGUUCUGGAAAUAUUUAUAUUAACAUAAAGCACUAUUUUGAAAUGAUAAAAUUUGUUUAACAUUUCAAAGUUAGAAAAUGUAGAAUAUGGCCUCCUCAGAGAAAUGGUGAUGUGUUAUUUACCAUUGCAGCCAGUUCCUGUUUAUCUACUUGUGGCCAGUUUGGAGGCAGUUAAAAGAGGGAUGUUGGGCUCAGGGCUUGAAUUAAAAUGUCCUUGCACUCUGGAGUAACCCCCAUGUUUUCACUUUUGUUUAAAUACAAACCCUGAAUACCAUUUGUGAUUACUGAUGGUUAAUCAGCCUUGACCACGGACUGGUGGUGCUGAAAGCUUCACAAACAGCUCUCUUGUUGAACAUCAAAGUGCCAACUGGCCCUAACCAGAAACAUUCACACAUGCAGAAGGCCAGUGACUGAGUCCCAACAGAAACCCCUCCUUAAAACCACGAGCCCACACCAGUGUUGUCAUUCUGAUUUCUGACAGGUGUGUGUGGCACUGUGGAGAGUUAAUGAACAGAAUGCACUUUAAUAUCCCAGUGACCCAUAAUAAACCCAGUAAAGAAUCUGCUUAUAAUUAGUCCCUGUGUGCAAAAUGAGGCUGUAAAGAAAUUACUUUUUAUGGAAGGAAAUAUGUGGCUUGUUUCUGUUGCCAAGCAAUUCAGCUUCAGACCUAAUUUUGGACUUUGAGAGCAGAAAGAAAACCUGUUCUCAUGCAGUGGUUGUUAAACCAAAAGUGUCUUAAGUUCAGAGAAUUGUUUAGUGCUCAGAUGGCGCUGUCUUGGAAAGUUACAAAGGUAUGUUUGUAAAUAUUGGAAUACUCAAAGGAAAUAAAGUUAU